AUGGAGCUGAGCUGUGCCAUGGGGGGCAGCACCGCCGCCCCCCCGGGCCCCGGCCCGCCCGCCGCCGCCGGGCCCGGGCUGAUGGAGGGCGAGGACUACGAGAGCCUGCCCAGCGGCGUCGCGCUCGGCACGCACAUGGUGGCCGGGGCCGUGGCGGGGAUCCUGGAGCACACGGUCAUGUACCCCGUGGACUCGGUCAAGACACGGAUGCAGAGCCUGCAGCCGGACCCCAAAGCCCAGUACAGGGGUGUGUACGAAGCUCUCAAGAAGAUGGUGCUGACUGAGGGGCUCUGGAGGCCUCUACGUGGCAUUAAUGUCACCAUGAUGGGGGCUGGCCCUGCCCACGCCUUGUACUUUGCCUGCUACGAGAAAAUGAAAAAGUCUCUCAGUGAGAUUUUCCAGUCAGGAGGAAACAGCCACUUGGCCAAUGGCAUCGCUGGGAGUGUGGCCACGCUGCUCCACGACGCCGUGAUGAAUCCUGCUGAAGUGGUGAAGCAGCGCCUGCAGAUGUUCAACUCUCCCUACACGUCGGUGCUGAGCUGCGUGCGGACGGUGCGCAGGACUGAGGGCUUGGCGGCUUUUUACCGCAGCUACACCACUCAGCUCACCAUGAACGUGCCCUUCCAGGCCAUCCACUUCAUCACCUACGAGCUCCUGCAGGAGCACCUCAACCCCCGGCGCCGCUACAACCCCGGCUCGCACAUCGUGGCCGGAGCCGUGGCCGGAGCCGUGGCCGCCGCGGCCACCACGCCGCUGGACGUGUGCAAGACGCUGCUGAACACGCAGGAGAACACGGCCCUGAGCUCCCUCAACAUCAGGGGUCACCUGUCAGGCAUGGCCAAUGCCAUCAGCACCGUCUAUCAGCUGGGAGGCAUUCCUGGCUUCUUCAAGGGGGUCCAAGCUCGGGUCAUUUAUCAGAUGCCGUCCACGGCCAUCGCCUGGUCUGUGUAUGAGUUCUUCAAGUACUUCCUGACCAAGCAGGCGCUGGAGAAAAAGCCAUCGGCGUGAG